AUGACUUGUAUAGCUAGCAUUUCUACAUCACAGACUUUAAGUAGACAAGUUUCUAAAACAGACUAUCUGAAAAGAAUGAAAGCAGUAAACUGGACAAAAAAGUUAGCUGAAGAUGCUUUCAUAGACCCAGUGAAAGAACUCCAGUCUUAUGUUGCCACUCCUAUACUGUCUGAUAAUGAGAAGCUGUUCACCCCUUCUGAUGAGGCAGUGAAGGAAGGGGAGGGGGUAUUUCAGUCUGUGAAGCUUAUUAAGAGUGUGGCAAGUCUGGAUAAGUUACCUGAUGAAAAUGUGCCAGAGGUUGCAGUAAUUGGCAAGAGUAAUGUCGGAAAAUCCUCCCUUCUUCAGGCGCUAUUUUCCAGCACCCCAAACAUUGUCAAGACAGGAAAGAAACCAGGACAAACUCAGACGCUGAACUUCUUUGAUGUUGAUGGGAAAUUCCGCCUAGUGGAUGUUCCAGGGUUUGGGUACAAUAUGCCUGCCAAUUACCAUGAGCUGGUGGAAGGAUAUCUGACCAGCAGGAAGAAUCUUUGCCGGACAUUGUGCCUGAAGAGUGGCUCAACUAGAUAUCCCGUGGACAAGCUUGGGAAGGAUAUGAUUAGUGAGAUGGGAAUACCCUAUGUGAUCGUAUUGACGAAGAUAGACAGGUUUUCACCACAUCUGCUACUGAAAACUUUCUUGGAAACUAAGCAAACAUACAUUCAGACAGGAGGAAAUUGCUUCCCACAACUCUUUGUAGUAAGUUCCUUGACUGGUGCAGGUAUCCCGUUCCUGCAGACAUUUAUUGCCCACAUCACUGGAAAUUUGAAAAGCCCCAUGUUUACUGUACAGGAGAAGGAACUGGCAAAAGAAUCGCCAAGCAUAUUUGCUGUAUAUUGAGGCAGAAACAAAGAGCAUGCUGAAGGAAAACAUCACAGAGUCCAUAUUUAAGAAAAUGCUGAAAGUUAUCAGAACAUGCUUUUAUGUCUCACAGGGCUAAUUUAUUGUAUUAGCAAAAUUCAUUUUUAUUUUUUGAUUGGAAUCACUGAUAUGCUGCUCCAGUGACUGGUUUUGAGUAACUUUCUCUGCUCUGGGACGAACACGCUAAAUAAAUAUUCCUUUUUUUAUGAACUUUUAUAACUUUCUUUACUAUAGAAUUGAUAUCCAUCAAAUUGGUAACUUUUUUUUCAGAAUAAUGUUUGUGACAUAUUUUGUUUCCAUUCUUAAUGAAAAUAUGAAUUAUUGAUAUGAUUGUUUGGGCGUGUUGUCAUGUUGAAUUUUACAAACAAGGAAUCUGUAUAUUAAAGGGAACAUAACUGCCAUUGUCCAUUUCUGGCAUAUAUGUUUUUCUCAUUGAUUAAUUAAAUGUAAAGACAAAAGAAUUACAGAUGUGAUCAGAAUGUUAUUGUCUAUUAAUUGUCGCUAGAUAUACUCUCCGUUUCAAAAUCAAAAUUUAUCAUUUUGCAAGUCUCUAAUAUGAACGCUAAAUAUGAAACAGAAUCCGAUAUUUGUGCUGCAGUAAAGAAAAAAACAUAAGAGCAAAACUUAACCAGGUUAAAAAAAUUAAGCAAAUAUUACUUUAUGCUUUUAAAAUGUGACAGAUGCUUAAGGAUAUUGUCACCCUACGCCCAAAACUCCUAAUUUACUGCCUUACACACAUUCUUUUGGGUAAAAGAUCCAUCUUCAGUGUUCAUUGACUAAAUUAAUUAACAUUUACACAUAUGUCAUCUAACGGGUCACAUCAUAAUUGCGAUUUGGGGGUAAAAACUGAAAAAGCAGUUCCUCAAAUAUCUCUUUGACCUGAGCAUCCACCAUCAUCGUUUCCAAGCAAAUUUAAUGACGCCAUUUAGUGCUUCAAAGCCCUGCCAUCGAUUUUUCUUAAAGACUUAGUUUAGAUUUUAUCGUUGAUAAAGCAAAGUAAUCCCUUUCUUUAAUGAAAAUCUGUAAUUAGGGCCUCAUAACUCCAUAGCAAAAAAUAAAUAAUAAAACAAAAUGACGACACGCCCAUACACUCGUGGACAACAAUGCCAAUUUUUGUGAUAAAAUCUUGUUCAGGGAUGGAGUUACGCCCCAUACCGACUACUAUCUCACCUCACAAAAGAAAGGUAUUUUAACAAUUCCUAUGCUUAUACAUUGCAAAGAGAAUUAUAAGCGCUAAUAUUGAUGUUUCCGAAGGU